CUGACUGCAAUCUGUUAUUUGUUUUAUUAAAAAAAUGGCCCAAAGAACAAACAAUAAGCCAAGUAAUGGCACGGCAACUGAAGAAACAGAUGGAAGUCUGCCAGAAACUACUCCGACACUGCACUUGCGCCUGGAACAGCCGCGGGACGAACGCCGGGUGAUCUUUCACGAAGGUGUCAUAGACAAUGAGCAUUUAAACCGCAAGAAAUCCAAAUGCUGCUGCAUAUAUAAGAAACCCCUGGCAUUUGGUGAGAGUUCCUCGGAGGACGAUGAAGAAUGUGAGAACUGUUUUGGCCAUCCCGAGAAGCGCAAGAGAAACGCAAGGCACAAUCAUAAUCACGAUAAUGACAAUGAGCCAUCUACAUCGGCACAGGCAUCAACGCAGCCAGGACCAUCGGUUGGGGAUCCAAUUUCCCCGCCCGCUGAGCCCGUUGUUUCGCCAGUCAAGCCUAAGGCCGAUCCAACCACACCCAUUGACCAGUUCGAACAGACGGGAAAGUCGUAGGAUGACAUUUUGAUUAUGUAUAUUUUCAAACGUUAACAAGUUGUAACUAAAUACUAACAGCUAUAAACAAUC